GCAACACCUACCAUUCUCAACAUCCUCUUCAUCAAUACCCGUUCAGACCCGCUCAGAAGAAUCAGCUGGCAGCAGCAGCAGUAGCAAAGGAUGGCAGCUCAUGCCUCGUGGGAGGAGAUCGAAGAAGCUGUCCUCAGUGACUCCAAUUCUCCCACUGCUAGCGGAAGCAAGCCUCGACUAGACCCAUCGCAGAGAUGGAGACGCAACGAUCGGGACGUGACUGACUUGGGCCCUGAGCGGCUCGACGACUACAUUCAGGUGGUGAAAUGCGAGAGAUGUACUAAGCCGGUGCUGGCUAGGUAUCAAGGGUAUCACAAGGAGAAUUGCGACCUGAUCCACGACAUCAAACAAGGAAGAGUUUCGCCUAGCUGCUUGGAGCCCGAGGCCACGAGGAAGAAGAGACGGAUGUCAGAUGGUGCGUGGUAUUGUCCACCUUCGCCUACUUUUCACCCGAUUAUAGCCUGCUGAAAACCUCGCUCUUGAUCUUCUUUGUCAUCGCUCACCGGCAGUCUCGGACACGCCCUCCCACCUCGACGGUGGAGGAGGAGGGCGCGACACAUCCACGUCCAUCUCUCCGCACAAGAAGCUUACAAAGAAGGCCGCAAAAGCCCUCGAG